AUGUCCUACCAACCACAACCGCCUAGUGGGCUUCCCAGCUCUCCACGAGCAAACCGCCAAAUGCAGAUGCUCUCUCCACUCGACACAUCAUUCCCCUCGGAUUCAUCGCAAACACCUUCGCCAUACUCCAGCACAUCCGAGAAGCAAUCAGAAAAGGCCCGCGACAUCUUCGCCGAUGCUACUAUUCCUCUCAGCCCAGCAUCGUCAACAAGCUCGACUAGGAAAGCAAACCCUUACGAGGGUCUUGAACCCCGGAAGCGUAGCGGCCUCGCGCGACUCUUUUGCUGCCUUGGCCGCGAAGAGCGCGCACGACGAAGGAUGAACAGGAGUUUGGAGUUUGAGAAAGUCGGCGAAGACUGCCAUUGGUCGGAGUACUAA